AUGGAUAAUUCUAUUGAAGUAUAUGUUAAUAAUAGUGCAUGGGUACCAGGCCCCACAGAUGACGGUGGCCUUGCCCAACCUGAAGAAGAAGGAAUGAUGAUAAACAUUUCCAUUGGGUAUCAUUAUCUUCCUAUUUGCCUGGGGAAAGCACCAGAAUGCUUAAUGCCUGCAACCCAAAAUUGGUUGGUAGAAGUACCUACUGUCAGUGCCAUUAGUAGAUUUACUUAUCACAUGGUAAGUGGAAUGUCACUCAGGCCACAGAUAAACAAUUUACAGGACCCUUCUUAUCAAAGAUCAUUACAAUGUAGGCCUAAGGGGAAGCCUGGUCCCAAGGAAAUCCCCAAAGAAUCAAAAAGCCCAGAAGUCUUAGUUUGGGAAGAAUGUGUGGCUGAUACUGCAGUGGUACUACAAAACAAUGAAUUCGGAACUAUUAUAGACUGGGCCCCUCGAGGCCAAUUAUAUCAUAAUUGUAUGGGCCAGACUCAAUCGUGUUCACAGGUCCCAUCCAUCUGGCCCAUUAAUCUGGCCUAUGAUCGUGAUUUAACUGAAAGCCUGGACCAGGUUCAUAGAAGGUUAGAAUCACUCUAUCCAUGGAAAUGGUGUGUAAAACCCCCUUAUAUGCUAUUUGUAGGAAUCAUAGAUCUUAAACCAGAUUCCCAAACUAUAACCUGUGAAAACUGUAGAUUGUUUACUUUCAUUCAUUCAACUUUGGAUUGGCAGCAUCGUAUUCUGCUAGUGAGGGCAAGAGAGGGCAUGGGGAUCCCUGUGUCCAUGUACCGACUGUGGGAGGCUUCCUCAUCCAUCUAUAUUUUAACAGAAGUAUUAAAAGGAGUUCUAACUAGAUCCAAAAGAUUCAUUUUUACUUUGAUUGCAGUGAUUAUUGGUCUUAUUGCAGUCACAGCAACUGCUGUGACUGCUGGAAUUGCUUUACACUCCUCUGUUCAAACUGCAGAAUAUGUGAAUAAUUGGCAAAAGAAUUCCUCAAAAUUGUGGAAUUCUCAGACCCAAAUAGAUAAAAAAUUGGCAAACCAAAUUAAUCAUCUUAGACAAACUGUGAUUUGGAUGGGAGAUAGGCUCAUGAGCUCGGAAUAUCUUUUUCAGUUACAGUGUGACUGGAAUACUCCAGAUUUUAGUAUGACAUCUCGAGCUUAUAAUGAAUCUGAACAUCAUUGGGACAUGGUUAGAUGCCAUUUUCAAGGAAGAGAAGAUAAUCUUACUUUAGAUAUUUCAAAAUUAAAAGAACAAAUUUUUGAGGCAUCAAAAGCCCAGCUAAAUCUGGUGCCAGAAACUGAGGCAAUGGUAAAAGCUGUUGAUAGCCUCACAAAUCUUAACCCUGCCACUUGGGUUAAAGCCAUUGGAAGUUCCACUAUUGCAAAUUUUAUAUUAAUCCUUGUAUGUCUGUCCUCUCUAUUGCUAGUCUACAGGUGUACCCAGCAGCUCCGGAGAGACAGUGACCAGCGAGAACGGACCAUGAUGACCAUGGCGGUUUUGUCAAAAAGAAAAGGGGGAUAUGUAGGGAAAGGAAAGAGACCUCUGCCCAUCCCCAGCUUUCAUCCCAACGGUGCUGAUGGUGACUCUAAGCAUUUCUCCUUUCUCUAUAUCAAGAUAUCUCCCCAGAAACAAGCCCAAAUCUUACCAUAUGUUCUGGCACGCUAUGAUGAUGAGCAGUGCAAUGGGGAUCUUAUUGAUGGUCCCUCCUUCGGUCUGGAUUCCUGUGUUAGGAUGACACAGCACAGAGCUACCUCUCACCUGACCCAUGAUGAGAUGUUAUUAAAUGGCCCUUAUAAUUCCCUCCAGGGGUGGAAAACACUAAUGAUGAUGGUGUCUGAGCUCACAGCAGCAAGCAGGCAUGUGUGUUCAGCAGCCAUGUGGCUCAUUGCUAGGAGCUUACUAAAUAAAAUAUUCUACAACAUUGCUUAA